AGACGCUGCCACCACCUGUCAGCAGCAUGGCCGUGGAGGGGCCGCCGCCCCCCGCUGCCGCCAUCCCCUCCUUUGCCGUGGCCUGCGGCCUAGUGUGGCAGCGUUAUUCGUGCCUGGUGGUGGCGCCGCACCGCAGGCAUGUCGCGCUGGCCCCGCGCUACCUGGGCCGCAAGCGCACCGGCAUCCGCGCCCAGCUGGACGCCGAGCUCCUGCGGUACUCAGAGAGCCUUCAGGGUGUGCCGGUGGCUUACGACAACAUUAAAGUGGUGGGGGAGCUCGGGGACAUUUACGACGACCAAGGAUUCAUUCACCUGAACAUCGAGGCUGAUUUCGUGAUCUUCAGCCCCAAGAAAGGGAAGAAACUGGUGGGUGUAAUUAAUAAAGUGGCCCCUAGUCAUAUUGGCUGCCUGAUACAUGGAUGCUUCAAUGCUUCUAUCCCUAAACCUGAACAAAUGUCAGUUGCACAGUGGCAAGACCUGGGGUUAAAAAUAGGCGAUGAACUGAAAUUUCAAGUAUUGCACUUAGAUUCUGAUGCAGCUGGGGUGUUCUUCAUUCGAGGAGGACUCACUAAAAGCCGCAUGAAGCCAAAAAAAUCCGAGGCUGUCACUGACAGUACAAAUGGAGAUGAAACUCAAAAGCUUGACCACCAGGAAAAUAGCUUGAAUGACUCUGGGGGAGAUAAUGUUACAGAGGAGCCACUUGAUGCGACUAAUAACACUGGGAAGGAAAAUGCGGAAGAGCAAAGUGUCAGUGCUAUGAAUGGAUUAUGUGAUGAUAAAAACAAGAAGAAGAAGAAAAAGAAAACACAUAAGCAAGAGGAGCAGGAGCAUGUAUUGCCUACCACUGACUCCAGUGGUUACCAAAGUGACCAUAAAAAGUCAAAGAAAAAGAAAAGAAAGCAUUGCAGUGAAGUUGAAGGAAGUGAAUUAUCUCAGCUGUCACAAGAACCCAAAGCUAAAAAAGCUAAAAAGGGACUGGAGUCUUAAUUGCCUUUCCUGAAUAGGAGUUCAGAUGUUUUUGAUAAGCUUCUGUCACAUAGCAAGGAGAAGGUUAGAAAGUAAAAUUUUAUUUUGUCCUCUAACUAUAUUGGUAGUUACAUCAAAGAAACUAUCAGGUGAUCUAGAGAAAACACAUGCUGGUAUUUUUCCUGUUUUAACAGUAGGUUGUCAACAAAGCCAAUAUUCACAUCUGUCUGUGGUUGUUAAUCUUUUGUCUGUAUUAUGAAAAAUGUAGUUCCAACUUAAUCGGCUAUUGUAAGUUUCUAAAACAAGGGGAACUUCUUUGUGUGUUAUAAAUAUUUUGAUUCUGCAAACAUGUUUUUGGUGUAUUGAAUGCCUUUGGCAGGAGAACAAGUGCUCUUAGAAGAAAGUAUUUUUAGCUGUUAUUAAAACAAUUGUUCUGCACUCUGAAGCCUGCAGUGAACUGCAGUAUUAUCUUUUGCUCUUUGUCUUUUCCUUGCUUCUUUUAGAAACAAAUUCUUUGCUUUUGGUUUGACAGUUCUCAGUUGCUCGAAAUAUGCAUCCGAAACAGAUCAGUGGAUGAGCUCUAGCGAAGUUUUUUUUAAAGGGCCUAAGUAAGCUAGCUGCCUUUUGGAGAACAUGAGCCUUGAUCAAAUCUGCCUCUGAAUAAACGUUUUGCCUUUGGAAGCAUCCCAACCUUUGACAGCCCUCAGACAGUACAGAUCUUUGUUGUAAAAAGCAUGGGGGUAGUUAGAUACCCAAACUGUUGGAGUUGUUUUUUUUUCCAUAUACCUAUGAAGAGGUUAUGUGAUCUGAUGCUCUCAGGAUUUUUAGGAUUGGCUAUGAAAGAGCUGAAAUAGUUUCAUUAUAGUAAGACAUACAUUUUUUAUAACAUAAUGUUGAUUCUAUUCUGCUCUUUAGCUUUCGGAAAUUCUGUAAUUUCAAUAAAGCCUAAAGGAAUCGAGUAGACUCAGUUUAUAGAGAGAUAUUUUGUCUUCUGGGUUCCAAAUAAGACUCUGAAAAUCAGGCUUCACACUUCUUCAACAUUAUCAGUAAAUACAUUUUUUAAAGACACAGACCAUGAUUUUUGUGUCAUGACUUUACACAUAACAAAGUUAAAGUUUGGUUAAAAUCAGCUCUAAGGCUUGUAGCAAGCCACUGAUGUUAAGCUAUUAGGAGCAAUCAUAGCUAGGCAAUGGCUUAAUGAAAGAAGAAUAAAAAGAUUGCCAUUUUUAGCCAGACAGUAGAUACAGGUGUAAAGUGGGGGAAAAACAUAGGCUGCAUACCGCUGCAAUGUCUUACUAUGAGAGUUCUCACUGGGCUUGAGGUAUGUUGCAGUAUAAAACAUUUUCAGGUUGUAAAGCAGCAAGGCCCUUAAGCAUCAGCAACGAGGGACCAUAAAAAAGCAGUUCUGCUUCAUAUUAUAAAGAUUGUAGGAAAACUUAAUGAAGGAGACUUUCAGCAUUUUUCUAUUGAAUACUUUUAAUUUUAUAUUGACAAAUAUAACAAAAGAAGAAAACCCAUUUUCAUUUUCUGUAGCACUUUUUGCUUGGUGAUGUUGCAGUUUUUUCUUACCUCUGAGCAAAAACUGUUCUGUUAAUUAUAUUUCUAGCAGUAAGCUUGAGUACGGGAGUUCUGACACUUCAGGAUUUCUUUGGGUUUUUUAAUAAAUUAUAUUAUUAUUACAAUUA